CACCUGUGUGCCUUCACGGGUUGCUUCUGCUGAUUGUGUGCAGGUAGUGCAUGACCCGUAGCCAGUCGGGAGAACUACUACCAUUAGACCAGGAGCUUGAACGAACUUGCAGGAACUUCAAGCGGGCUCUAAAGGCGCGACUGGCUGCGGAGGAGGCGCUAACACAGCUGCAGUUAGAAGAAGAGGAAGAAGAGAUGGGUGAUCCAGAGAACCGUGCU